AUGUGUCUGCGUUUAAGCUGGCUGCUUCUGCUGACAGGGUUGCUGGGGGUCUACACACAGGAUUAUUAUGAUGAAAAUACAGAAGGAAAAACCAGGGUCAGAGUUCAAACCACAAGCUUGACACAUAAUGGACAAGCCAUCCUGGAUGAAGACUGUGGUCUUGAGCUGGCUUUCCUCGUGGACAGCUCAGAGAGUGCCAAGGGCCACCACCAACAGGAGAAGAAGUUUGCCAUCGACAUUGUAGACGGUCUGCCAGGCAUCCGCCUCAAGACAGGACGCAAACUGAGCUGGAAAGUCUCUCUCCUCCAGUACAGCAGCCAUGUCAUAAUCGAGCAAACGUUUAAGCAGUGGAAGGGCACGGAGAACUUCAAAAGCAGCGUCGCUCCUAUAGGCUACAUAGGCCACGGCACCUACACGACCUACGCCAUCACCAACAUGACAAAGAUCUUUUCAGAAGAGUCCAGACCGAACGGUAUCAAGAUUGCACUGCUCCUCACGGACGGGGUCUCUCACCCGAGGAAUCCCGACAUCUUCUCGGCCACAGCUGAAGUCAAAAACCAGGGGGUGAAAUUCUUCACUAUUGGCAUCACCCACACUGCCAACGAGCCCGCUAACAUCGCUCGUUUAAGGUUACUGGCCAGCACGCCUGCUUCCCGCUUCCUCCAUAACCUGCAGGACACGCACAUCAUUGAGAAGAUUCUGUCUGAGAUUGCUGACAUAGCUGAAGACGGGUGCCCUGUGGCUCAGAAGUGUGCAUGUGAGAAGGGUGAGAGAGGACCCAGUGGCCCAGCAGGAAAGAAAGGUCGUCCAGGUGAAGAUGGAACCCCUGGGCUCAAAGGUCAAAAGGGUGAGGGUGGAUUAAGUGGACUUCCUGGUCGUGACGGCACAGAGGGAAAACCUGGAUAUAAGGGAGAUAAGGGAGACCGAGGUGAAUGUGGAACACCAGGAAUCAAAGGUGACAGGGGUCCAGAGGGUCCAGUUGGUACGAGAGGAUCCAGAGGGUUGCAGGGUUUACCUGGACCACAUGGAGAUAUCGGACCAGAGGGCCCACAGGGAACAAAGGGUGAGCGGGGUCCAUCUGGCCCUCCUGGCCUUCAGGGUGAAACUGGUGUUGGCCUUCCAGGACCAAAGGGUGAUUUGGGAUUACAGGGCAGACAUGGUCCUCCUGGGCCUCCUGGAAUUGGAGAAUCAGGCCCUCCUGGGCCCCAAGGUCCACAGGGUGUUCAAGGAGAAAAAGGGCCACUAGGAGAAGGAUUUCCUGGACCUAAGGGUGACCGGGGGCCGGAGGGGCCAAGGGGGCCAAGAGGACAACCAGGCGCUGGAAUCAAAGGAGAAAAGGGAGAGCUUGGACCUUCAGGCCCAGUCGGCCUGGUUGGGCUUCCUGGGAUUGGUAUCCAAGGAGAGAAGGGUGUGGAGGGUCCAAGGGGGCCUCCAGGAGGCAGAGGAUCACCAGGAGAGGGCCUGCCUGGACCAAAGGGUGACCAAGGAUUAUCAGGAGAGAUCGGCAGCCAGGGUGAGAGGGGGAUCGGAGAGUCUGGACCAAAGGGUGAGCCUGGUGCUUCAGGACUUGCAGGUUUACCUGGACUUCCUGGAGAAGAUGGUGCUCCAGGCCAAAAGGGUGAGCCGGGUGCACUGGGUCUGAGAGGGGCUGAAGGAGCACCAGGAAUUGGCACACAAGGCGAAAAGGGAGAUCAGGGCCAGCGAGGUGUGAGAGGGUUACCUGGCUCACCUGGCAUUUCUGGCCCAUCGGGUGCCAAGGGAGAACCUGGGACACCAGGACGACUGGGCAUGCCCGGCUUUCCUGGGCGUGCUCUUGCAGGAUCGAAGGGUGAUGUGGGACCUCCUGGUCCUGCUGGGCCAGUUGGAGAAACAGGCUAUGGGCUGCCAGGUCCAAAGGGUGAUCGUGGCAGCGCCGGCCCUCCUGGACCAUUUGGGCCAAAAGGGGAAGGAUUUCCUGGACCAGCGGGUCCUCCUGGUCUGCCCGGUCCGACUGGAGAGCCUGGACCUGAGGGCAACGGCUUCCCUGGACCAAAGGGUGAUGUUGGUUUUCGAGGAUUACCAGGCCUGCCAGGACCACCAGGCGAAGGCAUUCAGGGUCCACCAGGUAACGGCGGAAGGCCAGGACAACCAGGACCAGUCGGGCCCCCAGGAGAGGGAAUUCAAGGACCGAAAGGAGCCCAAGGGCUAUUGGGUCUCACUGGACCAAGGGGAGCACCAGGAGAGGGACACUCAGGUCCUAAGGGUGAUCGAGGCUUACAGGGUGAAAGAGGAAUGAAGGGAGUGAAGGGUGACAUGGGUGACGGUGGACUCCCGGGACAAGCUGGAAGACCUGGAGUGAAAGGAGAGAUGGGCCUCACAAGAGAAGAUAUCAUUAAACUGAUCAAAGAAAUCUGCGGCUGUGGUAUUAAGUGUAAGGAAAGACCCAUGGAGCUGGUGUUUGUGAUCGACAGCUCAGAAAGCGUCGGACCUGAGAACUUCGAGAUCAUAAAGGACUUUGUCAUCGCGCUGGUGGACCGUGUUACCGUAGGCCGUAACGCCACACGCGUGGGCCUGGUGCUCUACAGCUUAGACGUGCACCUGGAGUUCAACCUGGCACGCUACAUGACCAAGCAGGAUGUCAAGCAGGCCAUCAGGAACAUACCCUACAUGGGAGAGGGCACUUACACUGGCACCGCCAUUCGCAAGGCUACACAAGAGGCUUUUCACAGCACGCGGAACGGCGUGAGCAAAGUGGCCGUCGUCAUCACCGACGGCCAGACGGAUAAGAGAGAGCCCGUGAAGCUGGACAUGGCAGUGCGGGAGGCCCAUGCUGCUAAUAUUGAGAUGUACGCUAUUGGAAUUGUGAACACGUCGGAUCCUACUCAAACCGAGUUUCUCAAGGAGCUCAACCUCAUCGCUUCAGACCCGGACGGUGAACACAUGUACCUCAUCGAUGACUUUAACACCCUCCCUGCCUUGGAGUCUAAGCUUGUAAGCCAGUUUUGUGAGGAUGAGAACGGGGAGCUCAUCUACAACCGCGUCACCAACGGCUUCAACGGGCACAACGGACACAGGCAAAACGGAAACAGGCCUAAUGGGCGUGAUAACAAUGCAGAGGUCUUAUACGGAAAUAACGGCUAUGGAAAUACACAUCUGGAGGACCUGGACAGGAGACAGGUCAACACUCAGAGCCACACCUUCACCUUACCAAUCAACCCUGCUCCUCUCACUACACAGGUCGAGGCUGAAGAAGACGAUUAUGAUGGAGAGGAUUUAGACGUAAGGACUCGGGUCCAAACUGGCACUAAAAUAACUGUUGUCAAUAAAAGCACAUCAGUCCCACAUGUACAGCCUGAACUAAAGGGCAGCAAAACAUCUCACACAAGUGUUUCUGUAUCGUCUCUGCCAUCAUCUUCAUCCUCAUCAUCAUCUUCCUCAUCUUCAUCAACACUGACCCUGUCCACGUCUGGAUCUGUGAAAUCUACUUCAGUGAAUGUAAAUCCACAGCCCCACCCAGCUGUAGUCUCUGCUCCUCUGGAUCCUCGCUGCUUGCUCACCCUGAGCCAGGGAUCCUGCCGAGACUACAUCAUACGCUGGUAUUAUGACAAACAAGCAAACGCUUGUGCUCAGUUCUGGUACGGAGGAUGUGAUGGCAACAACAACCGCUUCGAUACAGAGGCCGAAUGCAAGAAAACAUGCGUCCGUACCACUAGAGCCUUUUAUGGAAGUAACUACACCGAUCAGGCAUAA